UUUCUCUCUCUAAAUUCGAUUGGCAUAUCUACGCAUAUAUAGCGACCCUGAUCGAUAUACUGUAUUGAAUUGUAGGAAAGAAAGAGAAAAUUGUGAAAGUUGUCGUUGCAUGACGAGCGCAUCGGAGCUAUUCUACAACAGGAGGUCUCGUUUGGGUCGAAUCACCAACCCAAUCGACCUAGGCGGAGGUUUUGUUUCCUCUAUCGGUCGAAUUUCUCACCACAACCCCAACAAUCGUCGCAUCGAUUCUCGUCGUGAUCGACACAACGUGGACGGCUCUGAUCAUCUCCGGCCGUCUCCUAAUCUCAGACAUCACUCUCAUCGCACCCCUCCUUUUCAUAUCCAGGAGCAUCACCCAGUUCGUCUCGAUCAAGUUAGCAGCCAAUCUGCUUCAGGCAACACUUUCACCUCAGAAAAUAUUGGUGGCAUACAUGCGAGACAGAGGUAUAGUGGGAAUGACAGGCUUCCUGGAGCUGUGAUACUUGCGAGGGAAAGGCUUCUUCAGAGAUUAAGAAGUGUUUCCCAGUCUGGAAACAGGCAGAGCAACCGAGCUUCAUCAGGCAUUUCUCGCAGUGACCUCACCGUCAGUGAUGACUUUAGGCUUGUUAAUGCUGAUGACUGGGAGACUGAAGUAUCAGGGGACUGGCUAGCUGGAAUCACUCCCCUCCCUCGCUUGAACUCUCAAAUAGACCAGCUACUUGUUGUGCAAGAAACAACGAAGAGAACGCUGGGACUCAGUCAAGAGGCCCUGGACUGUCUGCCUGUGGAAGUUUUCAGAACAGAAAAAGGUGAUGGAGGAACAAAAUUAAUGAUGUUGCGGGACUGUAGUAUAUGUCUGGAGAAUUUCCUGGAGGGAGAUGAGCUCAUAUGUUUACCAUGCGGGCAUAAAUUCCAUUCCUGUUGCUUGUAUCCCUGGGUUCGGACUUGUGGUGAUUGUCCAUAUUGUCGAACAGGUAUAUUGGUAAAUAGAGCAAUAAAAGGAUCUUAGUAUCUUUUAUUGAGAUUUCAGACAUGGGUUUUCUCUCUGUUGGCGGAGUUUUGGGACUUUGACCAGUUAGUGAGGUUGAUGUUUCGUGACUCGUGCCUCUAUCCUUAUGUUUUGUGGUAAGUUAUUACAUGAUCAAACGUUAUUGAAAGUUUACUAUCCUUUCACAUUUUUGUAUCUCAAUCAAAAGAAUAAAGUUUUUUAUGGAGUAUGUUUUUAUGACUUGGGUUUUUUUCCUCGUGGCAUUUUAACCAAAUAGAAGAUAUAUUCAGUACCUAACUUGUACUAUAUCUUGAA